AAGAGUGAUUGCCCUUAAAUUUUCUUUCUCUCCGUGGAGGACGGCCUGCAGUGAGAGCUGCCUUUUGUCUCCAGCGUGAUCUCUAACUACAGGUUGCUGCUGAAGUGUGUGACAGGAUGUCAUCUUUAAAGGAGAUAUGCAGUGGUUUACCCCUGGAUCCACUGCCCCCUAACCGGGGAAGAGACUCCAAUGUGCCACAUGCACCUAUCCGGACCCCGAACCUUACAGCAGAGGAGGAGCGGUUGGCGCUGAGAAAUGCACUGCGUUACUUCCCUCCCACCCAUCAUGCAACUCUUGCACCUGAAUUUGCCCAAGAGCUGCGGCAGUACGGGCACAUUUACAUGUACCGCUUCUGCCCCACGUUACGCAUGAGAGCGUACCCCAUAGAUCAGUACCCGUGCCGCACACGCCAAGCUGCCUCCAUAAUGCUCAUGAUCAUGAACAACCUGGACCCUGCAGUUGCUCAGUUUCCCCAGGAGCUUGUCACCUACGGAGGCAAUGGACAGGUGUUCAGUAACUGGGCCCAGUUUCGUCUGGUGAUGCAUUACCUGAGCGAGAUGACAGAGGAGCAGACUCUGGUCAUGUACAGCGGUCAUCCCAUGGGCUUGUUCCCCAGCCUACCUUCAUCACCUCGCGCUGUCAUCACCAACGGCAUGGUUAUUCCAAAUUACUCCUCCAGAGAUCAGUAUGAAAGGAUGUUUGCCCUUGGUGUGUCAAUGUACGGUCAAAUGACAGCUGGCAGCUACUGCUACAUCGGACCUCAGGGUAUUGUUCAUGGCACUAUGCUAACUGUGUUGAAUGCCGGUCGGAGGUACCUGGGCUCUGGUGACUUGAGGGGACGCGUCUUUAUGACCUCUGGACUCGGGGGCAUGAGUGGAGCUCAGGCUAAAGCUGCCGUCAUCGCAGGAUGCAUUGGUGUGAUUGCAGAGGUGGAUGAGGCUCCUCUUAGAAAGAGGCACGAGCAGGGCUGGCUGAUGGAGGUCACCAGCAGCAUGGACCACUGUAUCAAACGCAUCAGAGAAGCCAAGAGCUCCAAGACUGCCCUCAGUCUGGGUUACCACGGCAACGUUGUAGACUUGUGGGAGAGGCUGCUGUUGGAGUAUGAGAGGACGGGGGACCUCCUGGUGGAUCUGGGCUCAGACCAGACCUCCCUUCACAACCCAUAUAAUGGAGGCUACUACCCAGUCCAGCUCAGUUUCCGCCAGGCGAAUCAGCUCAUGGCGACUGAUUCUAAGGGUUUCGUAGCCAUGGUCCAAGAGAGCCUCCGAAGACACGUUAAGGCCAUCAACAAACUGUCUGAUGCUGGCAUGUUUUUCUGGGAUUAUGGCAAUGCAUUUCUCCUGGAGGCCCAGAGAGCUGGAGCAGAGGUGGAAAAGGUUGGCGGAGGAGCAACAGAAUUUCGUUAUCCCUCUUACGUCCAGCACAUUAUGGGGGACAUAUUCUCUUUGGGCUUUGGCCCGUUCCGCUGGGUGUGCACAUCUGGCGACCCCCAAGAUCUUGCUGUAACUGACGAUAUCGCCGCUACUGUCCUGGAGGAAAUUAGUGCCAAUGUGACUGAUCGCAUCAGACAGCAGCACAGUGAUAACAUCCGCUGGAUCAGAGAGGCUGGAAAACACAAAAUGGUCGUGGGAUCUCAAGCCAGAAUCCUGUACUCUGACCAGAAAGGAAGAGUCUGCAUUGCUUUGGCUAUAAACCAGGCUGUCGCUGAUGGACGAGUUUCAGCUCCUGUGGUCAUCAGCAGAGACCAUCAUGAUGUCAGCGGCACAGACAGCCCCUUCAGAGAAACCUCUAAUGUGUAUGAUGGAUCUGCCUUCUGUGCAGACAUGGCAGUCCAGAACUUUGUUGGUGAUGCAUUCAGGGGCGCCACAUGGGUAGCCCUGCACAAUGGUGGUGGUGUUGGUUGGGGUGAGGUAAUGAAUGGAGGGUUUGGUUUGCUCUUGGACGGCUCAGAGGAGGCAGCAAAGCGAGCCAGACUGAUGCUCAACUGGGACGUGUCCAAUGGGGUAGCUCGUCGCUGCUGGUCUGGAAACUCCAACGCCUAUGACACCAUCCAGCACACCAUGGAGGAGAACAGGCAGCUGCGUGUCACCAUGCCCUUUCCUGUACAGGAUGAGUGCGUGCUGGAUCGUGCCCUGCAGGGCUAGCCAGCACUUAGGCACAGCCAAGGAGACCUGCAGCUGUAAUCCUGUCAGUAGUGUCUGAAUCAGGCCUUAUCCAGGUUUCAGAGGAUCAGUACUAGUUAAUGAAUCAGUGGCCAUGUUGUUACAGAAAUGGUUUGCCAUGAACACAGAAUGCAAAAUAGGCUCCAGUAUUAUGCUCGGCUGUUUUAAUAAUUUAAUUUACAAGAAUAUAUUCUUUUCAUGUGCUGAAAAUUAAACUACAAGUAUGUAUAAAUGA